CACCUUAUUAUUUUCCACUGUUUUGUAAACAAUUGCAGAAAAGUUAUUAAAUCAAUAUUUUACUGCAUAAAUCUGAAUUUUUGACCACAUAAUUGACAUUUUUUUUAUCCUUACUACUUUUAAGCCAACGAGAUUUGAAACUACGGUUUUUAAGAAACACAGGAUGUUUAGGAAGGCCAAACCCAAAGUGGAGCCCCCGCCCACGGCUCCAAGUGUAGAGGAAAUGCUGGCGGACAUGGAAACCUUCGAGGUCAAUCAGCCCACGAUAAGCGGGCCUACGGACAACUCCGACUUGGAGCACGCUCUUCUGACUGAGCCGGAGAACCUUUCCCUUCCCACUUGGUGGCAGGUGUUCGACGAGUACGACCAGAAGGUGAAAAAACUGUCGACCACCGAGGAAGAUCUGGAGACCCAAAGAAAUCAGCUCAAGGAAUGCUAUGCCAAGUUAGAAAAGAAUGCGGAUAAACUAAGAACGGGCAUACAAAAGCAACAGGCACUGGUCAAAGGAGCCCUUAAUUGUUAACUUAUAGUUAAGCUAGCUGAUUUAAGACUUUUGUUGAAUGCUAAGUGGUUAACAAUUAAAAGCUAAUAAUUCUAAACGAAA